AUGAUCUCCAGAAACGCCUGCCUUCUUCAAAGCCGAUUCUAUACACGAACCGACCAGACGAGCAUUGCAAUCUUUGGGAACCGGGCAGGUAUACUCAAAGCAAUGAAUAAUAAAAUUCAAAAGAGAGAUUUAAUUAGUGACCUUCCAGAUGAGUUGCUAUUGAAGAUACUGUCUUCGCUUUCGAGUAAAGGUGUUGUAACCACUAGUGUCUUGUCGAGACGGUGGCAAUCUCUUUGGAAAGAGGUGAAGACAUUCAGAUAUGAUGACGACCGUCCAUUAAUGUAUGCUUUAACUGUUUCUAACUUUACGGUAUUUAUUAGUAAAAGAUCAAGGGUAGAGAUCUUGCAGCUAAAGCUGACCCCAUAUUCUUUGCAAUCAGAGAUCGAUCGUUUGCUUUGUAAUGCACCUGCUCGCUCUUUGAAAGAGCUGAAAAUAGAGAUGCUUUACAACUCAUUGGAGUUGCCUGAAAGCUUGUUUUCCUAUCCACAACUUGAAACCCUAAUACUCGAGAAACUAAGUCUAGUGGAUGUUCCACCUAAUGCUAAUUUGGCCUGCCUCAAACGUCUCAAACUUUUAUCGGUGAGGUUUUCAUGCGACGAAUCUGUGAAAAAGCUUCUAAGCAUAUGCCCACGUCUUGAAGAAUUGGCUGUGAGAAGAAGCACCUAUACGAAUGUGAAGAUAUUUGCCAUCAAUGUCCCUACGCUGAGAAGUUUGUCUAUCAAUAAUUCUUCUGGGAAAUCUAGGCCUAAAGGUGUUCACGGGUUUGUGAUUAAUGCACCUUCUUUGAGGUGCUUUACCAUUAGGGAUAGCUUCAGCAACUAUUUAUGCUUUGGAAAGAUGCCAGAGCUGGUCAAGUCUUCUGUCAACGUUGUUUGUGACAUUUUUAAUUGA